GAGAGCGCAUGAGCAACACAUGCUACCAGCAAGAGCGCACAUCAUUGAGCACGAAGUUUGACCAACCCUGUCUCUUCUAACAAUAACGACGCGUUGUCACCCCUCAAGAACUCAGGUUGUGCUUUAAGGGGAGGAAGCAGUGAAGUUGCGUGGAGGAGAAGCAGUUAGUCUUGGGUUACAGACCUGGAUUAAUGCUUUGCUUAGGACACCAGAGGAAACCAACUCUUCUCUCAGAGGAUCCUUUUCUUCAAACAGUAAUACCCUACCGAGGACUCAGGGCCUUUGACUGUUAUCAUCAGUGACUGUUCAAACCCAUUCACAGACAGACGGACAUCUUUCACCACGUAUUUAAUCCUAAAAGUACACACUAUAUAGGGAGACCGCAGGGUGAGAGUGUUUACUUGUUAGACCCACACUGGGCUAAACUCUGCUUUUCAAACCCACUAACUGCCCCUUCCCUGGAGAAAAGGCUUACUUAGCAUCUAAUGCUGUGCGUUGCUUUCACAUUCAGCAUCAUUGAUCCACUGAUCCCCCCUCUGAUCUGAUUAGCCUUUUAGCCUCUCAUAUUGUUUACGCAAGUAUAUACACACACACACAGGCGCAUGCUGCUGUCAUGCUGUCAGCUCGUUUACACAUCUACGUCUCGCCUGGCUGUGAUUAGCAUCCACUACAGACAACACCUGGGUAUAUCGCAUCUGUACACAAUUAGCUCCCAUUAAGGAACCUGGGUAGUGCUACUAGUACAGUACGCUGUUGCCCUGUGCUGUACUGCUGUGUUUAUCCACACUGACAGGUGCCUGUGUCAUGUCCGGUCUGUGUGAGAGAGUGGAUACGACAGGGCUCUGAUAAACACAUGUUCUGUAGUCAUCUACUACUGCCUAUGGGUCGGUCACUGUGAGCGGAAGAGGUACUGGUACUGAUCAUACUGUCUGUCUAUCACCCUGUCAGAAGGGAUCAAGAUCAAAUCUCUCUUGAAGAAGACACUUAAUCAAAAAAAGACUAACCUGGAUUAACAAAGGCUGAAUAGAACAUAUCACUGUCCAUCCAUCCCUCCGUACCCCUGUGGCCCACUACCCCCACCAUCCAAUUUGUGUGCCAUUUCUCCCGCCGGACCCCUUGGAGGAUGAAUGAUGUCCCCACUCUAGACUAUGAGCUGCUGCUGUCCCCUGGGCCCUCCCUCCCUGGGGCCCCCAGCAGUCCUCCUCUGGUGGGGGGUGACGCAGAGCAGAGGACGGCCUUUGCCUUCGUGGGGCUCCUCAUGCUCUUCCUUGUCUUCCUGCUGGUGCGCUGCUUCCGCAUCCUGCUGGACCCCUACAGCCGCAUGCCAUCCUCCUCCUGGACCGAACACAAAGAGGGUGCAGAGAGGGGGCAGUUUGACUACGCCCUGGUCUAGACCUGGGUCGUGUUCAUUAGGCACCAAACGGACUGAAACAGAGAGGGACUACCAGAACUUGUCCAAUAAGGAAGGCUUGUUUUUGUUUUUUCUGUUGCACAACGUUUUGCUACGGUGUUCCCUAAUGAAAACGACCCUGGUAGGGUUUAAAAGGGGCAGUUUGACUGGCCCUGCUGUAGAAACAUACAAGUAGUCAGACUGGAGCUCUCAAGACCCAGACAAAGAUCAGAACCCUCAAGACCCAGACCGAGAUCAGAACCCUCAAGACCCAGACCGAGAUCAGAACCCUCAAGACCCACCUCGAGAUCAGAACACUCAUGACCCAGACCGAGAUCAGAACCCUCAUAACUCAUAACCCUCCUUGAAACUCAGACCAAGAGGUAGAAAGGGGUUAUACUGCACUGCUGCCUUAAAUCCCUCUGCUGCAUCUCCCCCUGCUGUAAUCCCUGUAGACUGGCUAAAAUGCAGGGGAGAGCUACCAAGCCAUUUCAAACAUCCUGUGAUCUGGGAUUACAAACAAGAUCUCUUAACUACAGAAUAAACAUCUCACCUGUUUCUGCACCUCCAGUUGAUGAUUUGUUACAGUAUAUUCAGCAGUUACGACCUUUUUAACCAAUAUUAUUCUCUGACAGAUUAUUAUUAUAUUACAACUGUGUUUACAGAUGCAGUCACCUCUUUAAGAAACCAAACGGGUGAUUUGUCUUCAUAGAAAUAUUAUUAGUGUGUUUUGUGUCUGUAUAACUGAAACAAAGCCAUAUAUUUACUAUCUAUAUCUACAUAUUCUUUGGUUGACCUGUUUGCUUUAGCCACCCUGCCAAGCUUGGUGAAAAUGAACUCUACAACUGCGACUUUUAGAAAGACCAGAAAUACUUUAUUUUUGUAUUCCGACUCAAGUUUGGAGUCUCCUUUUGCUAGUGUUUUCUGUGGUUUGUAGCUCUCUCAAUCUUAUCGUUGGACUGUGAUUCUUGAGGUAGCCAGGUCUUGGGACGAGGGGAGUCAGAGCAGGCAGCUUUGCUUGCGUUUUCAAGAUUUGUAUGUAGAUAUAUUUCCUAACUGCUUUGUUUUUGCCACGCAAAGUUUCAUUCUGUGAAAUAAAAUGGGGUUCUUCAAUUUCCUGUGUGGGGG